UCUGCUCAACAUCAUGAAGCUCGCAAUCGCAGCCAUUGUUUUUAUCUGCGCACUAGCUGGGACGCACUACGGUACUGCAAACCUCAGAUCCUCAAUUCUCCAUCGGUCUGCUAGUGACAACUCCAGUUGCUCGACUAUGGGACUCUUCAGUCCAUUCUGCAGCACACUGAGCGAAACAUCAAACUGCCUCGACAUUUGUGGUGGAAAUGAAACUGCAAUCGAAACCGUUGAAUUCUGUAUCAACAAACCAGGAGGGAUAUUCAAAAUCGGAGACACAUUACAGUACGUGGCUUCUGUACAAGUAGAUCAUCCGCCGAUCGGAAACCUCUACUAUGAUCUUCAAGCCACGUUUACAGGGGGAAAGAAAAUAGGCUGGGGAGGUGGAAUAUGUAGUUCUAGUCCAGAGUAUUGCCACACAACAAACUUAAAGUUCAAUAUGUCUGUACUAAUUCCAGACGCGUGGUCUUCUUAUAUAGGUCUCGUUCAGGCUCAUUUUGUUCUAAGAGAUGGUGUUGGACCUAUCUUGUGUCUCAAUGGAUCUGCUACUCUCGAGAAAUGAAUUACGUGAAGGCGGUGUGAUGAGGAUUGUCACGGGGGUGUGGCUGUGUAGAUUGCGUAUACACUAGAACAGCGUGAACUCAAGCUUUACUUCAAAAUUAGUAAACUAGUUUAGAAUUUGCUUGUAUGUUUGUGUGCAAUAAUUAGGCUUGUAUUAUUGUUCUAUACUAUUAGGCCAGAUCUUUAGGAUAGUCAACUAUGAUAGUAUCUGAAACAAAGUCUGGGUUUUAUUUGUUGUUGUUGUUAUUGUUAUUGUUAUUGUUGUUUGUUUAAAUGUAAUAUAGUCGUGGUGUUUUAGUUAUUAAUUGUGUAA